GCGCAGUAACUUUAAUUUGUGUGCGCUAGCAACAAAGCAGAAGUGACCGAGAGUGCUAAGUGGCAAGAAGUAACAAAGAUCGAGCGUGCAGUGAAAGACCAGUUCGAAAAUGUUGUGGUCACUCAUCGGCAUUGGCGUGUUCGUGUAUGGCGUCGUUUACCUCUUGGCUCUGCUCCUCCUGGACUGCGAUCUGGAGCUCGCAAUCUACGAAAGAUUCGGAAAAAGCAUCGGUCGACUGAAAGGUAAAGUGUGCUUCAUUACCGGAGCAUCGAGUGGCAUUGGUGAACAAACGGCGAUCGUAUUGGCAAGGCAUGGGGUCAAACUGGUGCUGGCAGCGAGAAGAAGGGGCGAAUUGGAACGAGUUAAGAGGGCAUGUUUAGAGGAAUCGAAAGGUGUUCUGCAGGACAACGAUGUCCUGGUGCUGCCCAUGGAUCUGUGCGAUUUAAAUUCGCACAAGGCACUCUUCGAUAGGGCGGCGAGACACUUCAACGGCAUAGACAUACUCUUCAACAAUGCUGGUAGGAGCCAGAGGGCCGUCUUCGAGAACAUCGAAAUGUCCGUGCACAAGGAACUCUUCGAGCUGAACGUCUUUUCUGUGGUGAAUCUGACGAAGAUCGCCAUCGAUCACUUCAAUCAGAGGGGUUCCGGUCAAAUCGCGGUCACCUCGAGCAUUGCCGGUGUCAUGGGUGUGCCGUACUCCGCCUCGUACACGGCUUCCAAACACGCAAUACACGGAUUCAUGAACUGCCUGAGGACGGAGAAAACGGGUAAACAUAUCGCCGUGACCCUGCUGUGUCCCGGUCCGACAUUUACCAAUUUCCUGCAGGAAAGUUUCACCGGAAAAUCGGGAGAGAAAUACGGAGAGACUGUCCAAUCCACCGAUAAAAGAAUGACUGGGCAGAGGUGCGGUCAACUGUGCGCAAUUGCCAUAGCAAACAAGACCAAAGAAUCGUGGAUGGCCGUCUUUCCUCUCAUACCCUUCGUAUAUCUGUACACGUACUUUCCCACCAUUUACGGCAUCAUGUUGAAGAUGGUCGGGCCAGAGAAGAUGUUCAAACUGAGAGAUAGCAACGAGAAGCUCGCAGAGGACUACAAGAACUGAACUUUUGGUUAUGGGUGAUUACCGAUACACUUCAUAAUUAAGCUUCUUCUUCUUCUUCAACUUCUUUCCAGCUCUUCCAUUUGACACUUAAACUGUUGAGGAAGAAUCUUUUAUAUCUAAUGGCACUAAUCCAAUACUAAAUUUAUAAUCCUAACACAUAUUUUUAAACAGUAACAAUUAUCAUUCCUUAUUCUUUCAAACUAAUUCUAUAAAUGCUCGAACGUUGAAGAAAAAAAAAGCAACAAAACCAUUUCUCUAAAUAUAUAA